UCAGACAGACCCACCCCCUCUCUUCUCCUCCUCCUGCUUCUUUACUACACAUUAAAACAUAAAGACAUUCACUCCCACCCGAACCUCCAUCAGAUUGUCUGCUUUUCUGUUCUGUGUGAUUCAUCUCGCAAACGAGCCAUCAUGGUGUCCCAUAAGGAGUUUGUGGGUGCAGGGAAGCAGCCGGGGCUGCAGGUGUGGCGUAUCGAGAACCUGGACCUGAAGCCGGUUCCUAAAGCUCUGCACGGGAGCUUCUUCACCGGGGACGCCUACCUGUUGCUCUUCACCACCUCCGCCCCAUCAUAUAACAUUCACAUGUGGCUGGGGGACGAGUGUUCGCAGGAUGAGAGUGGAGCAGUGGCCAUCUUUUCCACACAGCUGGAUGACUUCCUGGGUGGUGGGCCGGUGCAGUACAGGGAGUUGCAGAACAGCGAAUCCAACACCUUUCUGGGGUACUUCAAAACAGGAAUCAAGUACCAGAGAGGAGGCGUGGCUUCAGGUUUCCAGCAUGUGGUGACCAACGACUCAAAUGUGAAGCGCCUGCUGCACAUCAAGGGCCGCAGGGCCAUCAGAGCCACAGAGGUGGACAUGUCCUGGGCCAGCUUCAACAAGGGGGACUGCUUCAUUGUUGACCUGGGCAAGGAUGUGUAUCAGUGGUGUGGCAGUGAGUGUAACCGCUUUGAGAGGCUGAAGGCCGCCGAGGUCAGCAUCGGCAUCCGAGAUAAUGAGAGGAACGGUCGAGCCAAGGUGCACAUGGUGGAGGAGGGGGAGGAGCCGGCAGCGAUCAUCGAGGCUCUGGGGCCCAAAACCGCCAUUGCACCAAGCACUGUGGAUGAUGAGAAAGUGGACACCUCCAACAGGAAGAAGGGGGCCCUCUACAUGGUGAGUAAUGUCUCUGAUGCCACCGGCUCCGUGAAGGUGACAGCCGUGGCUCCAUCCAGUCCCUUCAAACAGGCCAUGCUGUCUCCUGAGGAGUGUUACAUCCUGGACAACGGGGUCGACAAGAACAUCUUUGUUUGGAAAGGUCCCAAGGCUAACAUGACAGAGCGUAAAGCAGCCAUGGCAACAGGCCAGCAGUUCAUCAAAGACAAGGGAUACUCCAAUAAGACCCAGAUCCAGGUACUUCCUGCAGGAGCCGAGACGACCAUGUUCAAGCAGUUCUUCAGUGACUGGAAGGACAAAGACGAGACAACGGGCCCCAGCAAGGCCUACACCAUCGGUCGCAUCGCCAAAGUGGCGCAGGUGCCCUUCGAUGCCUCCUCCCUACACUCCAACAAGGCCAUGGCAGCCCAGCACGGCAUGGUGGAUGAUGGCAAGGGCAAGGUCCAGAUCUGGCGUGUUGAGGGUGAGAGGGUGCCUGUGGACCCCUCCACCUACGGUCACUUCUAUGGUGGAGACUGCUACCUGAUCCUCUACAGCUACAGGCUGGGGGCCCGGGAGCAGCACCUCAUCUACACCUGGCAGGGGCUGAAGUGCACACAGGAUGAACUGGCUGCUUCAGCGUUCCUCACAGUGAAGCUGGAUGACUCAAUGGGAGGAUCCCCAGUUCAGGUGAGAGUGACUCAGGGACAGGAGCCUCCCCACCUGAUGAGCCUGUUCCAGGGGAAACCCAUGAUCAUCCACAGUGGGGGAACGUCCCGCAAAGGUGGACAGUCUCAGAGCGGCACCACCCGCCUCUUCCACAUCCGCCAGAGCUCCUCCCGUGCCACCCGGGCAGUGGAGGUCGAGGUCUCUGCUUCCAAUCUGAACACCAACGAUGUGUUCGUGUUGAAAUCCCAGAGCGGCCUGUUUGUGUGGCGGGGCGUGGGGGCCAGUGAUGAGGAGAUGGAUGCGGCCAAGCAUGUUGUGGGCUUCCUGGGGGGCAGUCCCACCCAGGUGUCGGAGGGCAAGGAGCCAGGUGAUUUCUGGUCUGCUCUUGGCGGAAAGAAGUCUUACCAGACGUCCAAGAGUCUGCAGAACGUAGUCAAUCCCCCACGUCUGUUCGGCUGCUCCAACAAAACUGGAAGACUUAUUGUUGAGGAAGUACCAGGGGACUUCACUCAGUCAGACCUGGCCACUGACGAUGUCAUGCUCCUGGACACCUGGGACCAGAUCUUCCUUUGGGUCGGCAACGAGGCUAAUGCAGAGGAAAAGAAUGGAGCUCCAAAGAUAGCUAAAGAAUAUGUGGAGUCAGACCCGUCUGGUCGCAGAGGGCUGCCCAUCACCACCGUCAGACAGGGGGCCGAGCCUCCCACCUUCACCGGUUGGUUCCAGGCCUGGGACCCCAAGAUGUGGGAGACUGAUCCCUUCGACAGAAUCCGUGCACGUUUCUAAAAACAUAAAAUACCCUAGGCUCUUUCUACCUAUCUCACUCCUUAGCUGUCUAGCUUUUUCUAUUGCUAUUUAUCUUAACCGCAAUCCCUAAGUGCCAAAAACAAAGUUAUCAUCAGGUUGAAUGGCAGCCUCUAUGCCUUAGUCAUGGUGCAGAGCAUCGGCCUUCAUAAACAGAACUGCAUCACAUCAGUAGUCAAAUGACUUCCUGUGGCUACAUCUUCUGUAAUUGAUAAAGUGGUUUAUUGAUCUGUUGCAUCCAAUAGCACAUUUCUAUCCAAGCCACUAUCAAGAAUGAGUCUGUUUGCCAUCUAAUAGAGUCCUAUUUUGAACCCAGAAAUGUUGAGUACAUACAGCCAUAUAGUAAAAUGGCAGUUUUAACCAGAAAGUGCCCAUGUUUGUACUCCCAUUGAGCUGAUUCGAUGAAUUUCCGGUUGAUUUGAAUGUUUUAGGGUAUUUUUAAUACUAAACAUUUGGUAAAUUGAUUCAGCAUCCUGAAUAAAUGCAGAAACCUAGCCAAAGUGGCCCUAAUUUGCCAAGACAUUUUUUACUUUUGUCUGCAUAUGCUAAUGAAUGCAACUUAUGCCAAUUGUGCAAAUUGCCCAACAUAUGCGAGUUAGCAUCCGGCAGUUUCUAUGUGCUGGGUAACGGUACUAUUUCUAUCAUAAAACUUUGGGGUGCUCAACAUUUCUGGGUUCACACUGCUGGCAGGUAGACUAAAUAAGAACAAUUGGAAAGGAAGUCACUUCAGGCAGCUGGAGAUCCCCUGCUUCUCUCUGCUCUCUCUCACUUCAGAAGACACCAUCAUGCUUUCCUUUCCGUCUGUCUUCAUAGGUUUUUUUUCAUAGACUCCAUUACUCUGCGGUGUUACAUGUGUUGUGUUUUAUUUGGUACUGAAUAGUUAUACACUUGCUAGAAGUUGCAUGUUGCAUUGUUUUAAAUCAUAUCCUGUGCUUGUGAAUUUUUAAAAGGCGAACAGCAGUGUGUCUGUUGUCUUUUUACUUGACCCUGAAAUGCUAAAUGGAUGGCUUUUAAAUAAAAACUCCCAGUAUAUCAA